AUGAGGGUGCUUGUGCUAGCUCUUACUGUGACCCUUGCAGCAAAUUGCCAUCAGUCAUGAUAUUUCAAUAUUAUUGCAGCCCCGGAGUUUGCUCCUGGAAAGACUUACGUGUACAAGUAUGAAGCAGUUCUUAUGGGAGGCCUGCCUGAGGAAGGUCUGGCACGGGCUGGAGUGAAAGUCAAGAGCAAAGUUUUGAUCAGCGCAGCAGCUGCCGAUACCUUCAUGCUGAAGCUUGUAGACCCUGAAAUCUUUGAGUACAGUGGCAUCUGGCCCAAAGAUGCUUUCAUCCCAGCCAGCAAGCUCACCUCAGCCCUAGCUGCUCAGCUCUUGACACCCAUCAAGUUUGAGUAUGCUAACGGCGUUGUCGGUAAAGUGUUUGCACCGGCUGGCAUCUCCGCAACUGUGCUGAAUGUUUACAGGGGUGUCAUCAACAUCUUCCAGCUGAAUAUCAAGAAGACACAGAACGUCUAUGAGCUGCAAGAAGCUGGAGCUCAGGGUGUGUGCAAGACCCACUAUGUCAUCAGUGAGGACGCAAAGGCUGGCCGCAUCUUUCUGACCAAGACCAAGGACCUGAACCAUUGUCAGGAGAGAAUCAUUAAGGACAUCGGCUUGGCUUACACGCAGAGAUGCCCAGAGUGUGAGGCUAGAGGAAAGACCCUGAAGGGAGCUGCUGCCUUUAACUACAUCAUGAAGCCAGCAUCCACAGGUGCUCUGAUCUUGGAGGCAACUGCUACAGAGCUGAUUCAGUUCUCUCCUUUCAACAUCUUGAAUGGCGCUGCACAGAUGGAGGCUAAGCAAAUCCUGGCCUACCUGGAGAUUCAGGAGACCCCAGUGGAGCCCAUCACAGCUGAAUACCUUCACCGUGGAUCCCUGCAGUACGAGUUUGGCAGCGAACUUUUUCAGACACCCAUCCAACUUCUGAGGAUUACCAAUGCCAAGGCCCAGAUUGUUGAGAUUCUGAACCACCUGGUGACCUUCAAUGUGGCCAAGGUCCACGAAGAUGCCCCUCUGAAAUUUAUUGAGUUCAUUCAGCUGCUGCGUGUGGCCGGAUUUGAGAAUAUUGAGGCUCUCUGGGCUCAGUUCAGAGAUAGACCCGAUCACAGGCACUGGAUCCUGAAUGCUGUCCCUGCCAUUGGUACUCAUGCUGCCGUGAGGUUCCUCAAGGAGAAGUUCGUGGCUGGUGAGCUGACUAUUCCCGAAGCUGCUCAAGCUCUGUUGGCAUCUGUGCACAUGGUGACAGCCGACCCGGAGGCCAUCAAGCUCGCUGAGGGCCUGGCUAUGAACCACAAGAUCCAAGAAAACCCAGUCCUGCGUGAGAUUGCCAUGCUGGGCUAUGGCACUCUGGUUGCUAAAUUCUGUGCAGAGAACCCAACUUGCCCAGCUGAAUUUGUGAGGCCCAUCCAUGAAAUCGCUGUCAAGGCUGCUGCCAGAGGUGAAAUUAAUGAGCUCACUGUCGCUCUCAAAGUUCUGGGUAAUGCUGGACAUCCUGCUAGCCUUAAACCAAUCAUGAAGUUCCUGCCUGGCUUUGGAAGUGCUGCUGCUAAUCUGCCACUCAGAGUUCACAUUGAUGCAGUACUGGCCCUGAGGAACAUUGCAAAGAGAGAGCCCAAGAUGGUCCAGGACAUGGGUGUUCAGUUGUUCAUGGACAAGGCUCUCCACCCAGAGGUCCGUAUGGUUGCUGCUAUUGUGCUAUUUGAGACAAAGUUGCCCAUGGGUCUGGUGACCGCUCUCGCCGACGCUGUCUUGAAAGAAACAAACCUGCAGGUCGCUAGCUUUGUCUACUCUUACAUGAAGGCCAUGACCAAGAACACCGCUCCUGACUUUGCUUCUGUUGCUGCAGCCUGCAAUGUUGCAGAGAAGAUCCUCAGCCCCAAAUUUGACAGACUGAGCUACCGCUUCAGCAGAGCUCUCUAUUUUGAUGCCUACUACAACCCCUGGUUCAUGGGUGCUGCUGCAAGUGCCUUCUAUGUUAACGAUGCUGCAACUGUUUUGCCAAGAGCCAUUGUGGCCAAAGCUCGCACCUACCUGGCCGGAGCUUAUGCUGACGUUUUUGAGUUUGGAGUAAGAGCUGAGGGAGUGCAGGAGGCCCUUCUGAAAAUCCAUGAUGCUCCUGACAAUGCUGACAGGCUCACCAGGAUGAAACAAAUUAUGAGGGCUCUUUCUGAAUGGAGGGCUCAUCCUUCAAGCCAGCCCCUGGCCUCCAUGUAUGUGAAACUCUUCGGACAGGAAGUUGCAUUUGCCAACAUUGACAAAGCUGUUGUUGAUCAGAUUAUUGAGCUGGCCACUGGACCUGCACUCCACGCUACUGGCAGGAAGGCUUUGGAUGCUCUGCUGUCUGGUUUCGCAUUGCAUUAUGCUAAGCCAUUGCUGGUCGCUGAGGUGCGUCGCAUCCUUCCCACCGCUGUUGGUCUGCCUAUGGAGCUGAGCUUCUAUACUGCUGCUGUGGCUGCUGCAGCUGUUGAAAUCCAAGCCACUGUGACUCCACCUCUGCCUGAGCACUUCCAUGCUGCCCAGCUUCUGAAGGCUGACAUCAACAUGAGGGCUGCAAUUGCUCCAAGUGUUUCCAUGCACACCUAUGCAGUUAUGGGCGUGAAUACUGCUUUCAUCCAGGCUGCCCUGCUGUCAAGAGCCAGAGUUCACACAAUUGUUCCUGCAAAGAUAGAAGCAAGAAUUGACAUGAUCAAGGGCAACUUCAAGUUUCAGUUCCUGCCAGUUCAGGGCAUUGAUAAGGUUGCAUCUGCGAUUGUUGAGACUUUUGCUGUUGCAAGAAAUGUGGAAGACCUCGCAGCUGCCAAAUUCACACCAAUGAUUCCAGCUGCAGCUGCAGCACAGCUGUCAAGGAGUUCUAGGAUUGCAUCCUCUCUGGCUGGUGGCAUGUCAGCAUCAUCUGAAAUCAUUUCCGUUUCCGUGCCAAGAAGAAUUGCCAACAGACUGAAAUUCCCCAACGCCUUCGAGAAGAAAAUGUGUGCUGCAAUUGAAACCUUUGGAAUAAAGGCAUGCACUGAGAUUGAAUCUCGCAACGCCGCCUUCAUCAGAGACUGCCCACUCUAUGCCAUAAUUGGAAAACAUGCUGUUUUUGUUGAGGUUGCUCCAGCUGCUGGACCAGUCAUCGAGAAGAUUGAAGUUGAGAUUCAGGUUGGAGAUAAAGCAGCAGAAAAGAUCAUCAAAGUGAUCAACCUGAGCGAGGAAGAGGAAAUUCUUGAAGACAGGAAUGUCCUGAUGAAACUCAAGAAAAUCUUGGUUCCAGGCCUGAAAAACACCACAGCAACGUCCUCCAGCUCCAGCAGCUCUCAUUCUGUCAGCUCUCGCCCCAGCAGUUCCCGUUUGAGCAUCUCCUCUUCUGCAUCACCCAAAUCUUCCUCUAGCUCCUCCUCUCACCGCAAGAGCAGCCGCUCCAGCAGCUCCUCCAGCAGCCAAUCAAGCCAGCAUUCAAGAGGCUCCUCCAGCCGCCGCUCCAGCAGCGCCUCAAGCAGUCGUUCAAGUCUCCAGUCUAGCAGCCGCUCUUUGAGCUCCAGCUCAGCCAGGGCCAGCUCCCUGUCAAAGCAAGAACUGUAUGACGUGAAGUUUAUCAAGAAACACGUCCACCAGCAUGCCGUCUCCACAGCCCGUGCCAACAGCAGGAGCAGUGCCUACAGCUUCGAGGCCAUUUACAAAAAGGCCAAGUACCUUGCUAACGCUGUCACUCCUGCUGUGACCGUUCUCAUCCGUGCUGUGAGAGCCGACCACAAGGUUCAGGGAUACCAGAUUGCAGCCUACUUUGACAAAGCCACUGCCAGACUGCAGGUCAUUUUUGCCAAUCUGGCUGAGAAUGACCACUGGAGAAUCUGUGCUGAUGGUGUGAUGUUGAGCUACCACAAGCUGAUGGCCAAGAUUGCCUGGGGCAUUGAAUGCAAGCAAUAUGACACCGAGAUCACAGCUGAAACUGGUCUAGUGGGUCAAGAGCCUGCAGUCCGCCUGAAGCUGACCUGGGACAGACUUCCAGAGAGAAUGAAGCACUACGCAAAGGAGAUCUCUGAGUACAUUUCCCGUAUUGCUCGCGAGGCCGGAGUGAGCCUGGCAAAGGUCAAGAAUGUUCGUAAUCAGAUCAAACUGACUGUGGUUGUUGCCUCUGAGACAAGCCUGAAUGUUGUGCUCAAGACACCAAAGAGGACCAUUUACAAACUUGGAGUGGGCCUCCCUGUUUCUCUGCCAUUGGGAGACACUGCUGCUGAGCUGGACGCAUACCAGGACAGCUGGGCUGACAAGAUCUCAUACAUGGCCACCAAGGCUCAUGCAGCUGAGUGCACCAUGGUCAAAGACACACUGAUCACAUUCAACAACAGGAAGUACAAGAACGAGAUGCCACAUUCUUGCUACCAGGUUCUGGCUCAGGAUUGUACCCCAGAACUCAAAUUCAUAGUUCUGCUGAAGAGGGACCAAACACAGGAGCAGAACCAGAUCAGUGUGAAGAUUGAAAACAUUGAUGUCGACCUGUAUCCAAGGGACAGCACUAUCAUGGUGAAGGUUAAUGGAGUAGAAAUCCCCAUCAACAACCUGCCAUAUCGCCAUCCUGCAGGCAAAAUUCAGAUCAGACAGAGAGGCGAAGGCAUUGCUCUCCAUGCUGCCAGCCAUGGUCUUCAGGAGGUCUACCUUGAUCUGAACACAAUGAAGGUUAAAGUUGUGGACUGGAUGAGAGGACAGACUUGUGGACUCUGUGGAAAGGCUGACGGAGAAAUCAGACAAGAGUACCGAACACCCAACGAACGCCUGACCAAGAGUGCAGCCAGCUAUGCUCACUCCUGGGUUCUGCCUAGCAAGAGCUGCCGGGAUGCCUCUGAAUGUCACUUGAAGCUUGAGUCUGUGAAGCUGGAGAAGCAGGUGGUCCUCCACGGUCAGGAGUCUAAAUGCUUCUCUGUUGAGCCUGUGCUGCGCUGCCUGCCCGGCUGCAUGCCAGUGAGGACCAUCCCUGUCACCACUGGCUUCCACUGCCUGCCUGCUGAUUCUAACCUGAACCACUCUGAGGGUCUGAGCAACAUCUAUCAGAAGAGCACUGACCUUCAGGAGACAGCUGAAGCUCACCUGGCCUGUCGCUGCACCCCUCAAUGCGCUUAA